AUGAACAGCACACCAGAUGAAAAGCCGCAGCGGGCAACCGCUGCGCAGAUGGCGCAGAGAAAGAUUAAGGACGUUCGGAGGCGAACUCGUCCCAACACAGCUGCCCCCAGUGCAACAGCGUCUUUUGGCGGCCCUUUCAAUUCUCUUGACCCCAAUGCUGUCUCUACACCGUCUGCGCCCCAACCAAUCUCAAAUGGGUUUUCAUUUGGCCAGUCACAGAGCUUCCCCGGUGCCAGUUCAAAUCCUAGUCAACCGACCCAAAACGGAUCGACACCGUUCUCUUUCGGUUCCGGUGGAAGUAGCUCGUCUUCAUUCAAUUUUUCUUCAUCGUUUGGUGGAUCAGGAUCGACAUCAAGUAAUCCUUUUGCUAGCAUGACUACUGGUUCCACCAACCAGUCGUCCGAUGGAGGCAGUUUCUCUGGCUUCAAGGGAAACAUGUUCAAUGUUCCCCCAGCUGGUAGUUCGGCCCCAGCCCAGCAACCUUUGCCCUCGGGAGGGCUUUUUGGAACAGGAUCGCAACAAAACAACACUACUGGAGGCUUAUUUGGCAGCAGUACGACCAGUGGAUCCUCUGGGCAACCUGCAACGACAGCUCCCGCUACCACAGGCAGUAUCUUCGGACAGAACAGUGCUUCCAGCAAUGCUCCGUCAACAAACAUCUUCGGCCAAUCUGCCUCGAAUAAGCCCUCCCCAUUCGGACAGUCCAGUGCCUUUGGCGAGUCUAUGCAGACAUCUCCUGAUGCAAAGAACAACGGUGCGCAGUCAAAGCCGCCUAUUUUUGGCGGUGGUGCCUCUCAGUCUGGCUUCGGAACCUCCACGAACUUCGCUAGCUCUGGGGCUGGUUCCUUGUUCGGUGGCUCCACAUCAAAACCCGCCGAGACACCCAAGCCUCUUUUUGGUGCUAAGCCCACGGAGCAGUCAACUCCAUCGACCUCGCUCUUUGGCGCGACUACUCAACCUGGUUCUACUCCUGCUCCCGCUUCAUCUACCCCCGCGGCCUCGAGCACCACCGCCGCUCCAUCACCGUCUAUCUUCGGAGCUUCAUCGUCUGCUAAACCCACCUCAUCAUUCCAGAAUCCAUUCCAGUCCACAAACCUGUUUGGCACACCCGCUUCAUCAACCGCAGCACCGGCCUCGGAGGCCAAACAAAAGCAAGAGGAGAAACUCGAGGAGUCUCAAUCUAAGACUGGUUUCCAAUUUACGCCCUCCACCGGUAGCCCGUCUUUGUUCUCAACGAGUGCAAGUUCUGCAGCUCCAUCGGCUCCGUCAAGCGGCCUAUUCCAGCCUCCGUCUACAGGUAGUUUGUUUGCCCCCAAGCCAUCUGCAGAGCAGAGCACUUCCAGUGCGGAGCAGGACAAAUCUAAACCUGCCGAAGGAAACCCAUUUAGCGGCCUCUUCGCGCCAAAACCAGCUACCCCGGCCAAGCCAGAUGUAGAGCAGAAGCCCUCCACGGAGCAGAAGUCGCUGCCCUCUGCUAACGCUUUCGGUAACCUUUUCGCACCAAAGCCUUCCACAUCUAGCGAGGCGUCUAGUCAGCCACAGAAGCCGGUCACUCCUGCACCGCUUUUCUCGGCACCCACAUCAGGAUCGGAUGCCUCUAAAUCCUCUGGUCUUUUCGCGCAGUCACCGUUGUUCCCCGCCCCUACUGGAGGAAGUAAGACCCAAGCUCCAGCUGUGACUGCCCCGGCACCUUCUCAAAGCCCAUUCAAGGUUAAUGGCACAAGUACGGACUCGUCGACUUCAUCGGCUUCUGUUACCGAAAAGAGCUCGGCAACAAGCUUUGAGGACAUACGACCAUCUGGACUUCCUGCUGAUCUUGAUAAGGCAAGCAAGGAAGAAGUGGAGAUGUUGUAUCGCAUGCGCAUGUUGAAUGAAUGUUUCAAACGCGAAGUGAAUCGCUUGGAUCCUACUAAAGACGACUUUGAUGCUCUCGUGCAAUUUUACAUGCGAGUUCGUGACACAAUUGGAGCGCCAGCUGGGCCCCAAAAGCGUAAAGCUGGGGACGAAAGUGCAACUGCUGAUGAUCAUUCCGUUAAAAAGGUCAAGCCCUUCGGUCUGAAGCCUGCCUCUAGCAAAGAAAGCUCUUCGCCCGCCCCAGCCACAGCCGUGACUGGCUCUCCGGCCACCAACAUCUUCGGAGCAAGCCAAGCGACUCCGACCACCAGCAAGAGAAAGGUGGCCGAUGAGGAUGAGACCACAGCUUCGCCAGGAAAGCGUGUCAACGGAGACUCCACGACGGCGAGCAUCUUCGCACAGUCCUUUUCAAAAUCCAUAACCUCUGAGUCAAGUGAUGAGCCAACUAAGCCUAACUCUACUCAAUCCAUAACUUCUUCCGCCAGGCCAUCUACCCCAGACUCCGAUGCACCUGCUUUGUUCUCCACUACGCCUAUCUCUUCUCCUCCCAAGCCUCUUUUCGCAGCCUCGACCACCACAAAGGAAAGCUCCACAUCGACGUCACUGUUUUCGCAAUCUGCCCCCUCCUUUAAGCCAACAUCCAAUGCCUCUACUAAUGGCACUCCUACUACCUCGAAUCCUUUCGUCCUAAAGCCGUCAGGUGAUAAGCAAGCUGGCGCUGCACCAGCCCCUGUUCCUGGCAUGCCCAAAUUCAGCGCCGGAGCAACGAACUUCUUCGCCCAGUUCAAGGCACAGGUAGAUAAGGAUGCUGAAAAAGAGAAGGAAAAGCGCAAGGCGGAAGAUUUCGAUUCCGAUGAAGAAGACGAGGCUGAAUGGGAGAAAAGAGACGCCGAAGAACGCCGGAAAAAGCAAGAGGCAUUUGAGUCUCAAGCUGCGAAACGCUCGAAGUUUGUUCCUGGAAAGGGGUUUGUUUUUGAAGAUGAGGAUACAAGUGAUUCAGAUAAGAAGGAGAAGGCAUCUACUUCGGUUCCUAGUGCUUCAAUAUUUGACAAGAAGACCGACUCAUCAGCCACGCCCAACAACAUAUUUGGUCACUUGUCAGCAACACCUUCUGAGGCUGAGGAGAACGACGACGCCGAUGACACCGAGGAGGCGUCUGCCGCUGGUGAUGAGCCAGAGGAUAUGUCCAAGGAUACAUCCCUUGCGCCCGCAAGCGAAGACGAAAGCAACGAAGAUUCGGUGUCUAAAGCCGAUGCCGGCAGUAGCGCUGAGAACUCUGCCAACGACAGCAGCGACGACGGUGAUCUGACCAAGGCUCUGAAAAAGUCGAAGCAAGAUAAGACCGUUACAAGCGAGCAAUCUGCCAGUGAUACAGGCGCGAGCGGUCGUAGCUUGUUUGACCGUGUCGAGUACAAGCAAGACGGAAAGCCGAAGCGUCAGGACGACGAGGAACAAAAGCCCCUUUCUACGUUUUUCAAUUCUUCCAAGUAUGCGUCCUCGUUCAACUCACCGGGAACGCCAAAUCCAUUUGCUCCGACUCCCUCUAAGUCUGAUGCCGAGAAAGAUGAUGCUCCCACCUCGAAGCCCGCAACUCCGAACCCCUUUUCCAGCCUGUUUGGUUCUCCCUCGCCUAGCCCUGCUGCAGGCACCCCAUCUAUCUUCGCUCCAAGCGCCGCAAAGGCCGGUACUGAUAAUACCUGGAAGAUGAAUUCUCCCAUCAAGUUUGCCAGUGACACAAAUGCGGCUUCUACGUCGAAGCUUGAUUCCGCAUCCGCGACGCCGGCUGCCGAUUCGUCCAAGCCAUUCUCCACACUAUUCGGAGCGGCACCUGCUAUCAAAUCUGCAUCUUCUGCUACUGGGUCCCCCUCGCCUGGCUUCACUUUUGGUGGACCUGCGCAACCGCCAUCAUUCCUGGCUCCGUCCACUGUCAGCUCUGCUGCUGCCAGCCGCGCGUCCACUCCUGGAAUUGCAUCCGACACGGGAGCCGAGGAGUCCGGAGAUGGUGAUGCGGCUGAGGCUCUGCCUCAGGUUAACCUUGCCCAAAGUCGGGCCGGUGAAGAGAAUGAGGAUGUUGUGUUCGAGACUAAAGGCCGUGGCUUGAAGCUCACUAAAGAUGGAUGGAACAGCCAGGGACUGGGAUUCCUCCGUGUCUUGAAGGAUCGCACUACCUCUCGUGGCCGUGUUAUCCUUAGAGCUGACCCAAGCGGCAACAUUGUCCUCAACGCAUCACUGGUCAAGCAAAUCAGUUACACUGUGAAGGGCACCAGCGUGCACUUCCUUGUACCCCAAGCCGAUGGACCUCCGGAACAAUGGGCAAUCCGGGUUAAGAAAGAGGAAGCGGAACGCCUCGGGUCUGCUAUGGAAGAAACUAAGACUUAG